UGUAUCGACUAUGACGGUGACAACAGUUACAAACUCAGCAACUGGACUCCGAUUGACCGCUCGGUAUUCGAAUGUGACUUUGUUGAGACGGAAUGCAGAUUAAAAAAUGAAACCAAGCGAUAUAUCCAUAUACAAGUAGCGGAGCAAAAGUCGGAAACGAAGACUCGUCUCAACCCCGAGGUCAAUCCUGACGUUGUGCUGCUGGUGAUUGACUCUGUGGCAUCUACACAACUGAUAAGAGCUCUUCCCAGGACAGUUAAUUUUCUUCUACAUGGAAUGGAUGCCAUAGAAUUCCGUAAAUUCAACAAGGUCGGAUCGAACAGUAGACCAAAUGCAUUUGCAGCUUUGGUUGGUAAGUAUUGGAAUCCGGAGCUCUUCCUUUUGGAGAAGGACACCUUUGAAACUGCCCUAAACCCUAGUCGACCUUCCACUUGUUAG